AGUGUCUAGUGAGAGUGCACAGGGGGAGGUCGUGUCGCCGCGUCCUCCGCCACUAUUACCCACUCGCCGUGCCCACCUGCGCCCACCUGGAUUAAUUAUGACCUUCCCGGCGCGGCGCUGACCCUAGAUACACAGAGGUGGUAGUGGUGGUGGUGAGGCAGCAUGGUGGUGAUACGAGUCCAGCAACACCACCUCCCAUGGCCCUCCUCCUCCUCCUCCUCCUCCUCUUCCACCUCCUCUUCCACCUCCCCAUAACCUUCUCCUCUUCCUAACCUUCUCCUCCUUACACCUCCUCAUAACCUCCUCCUCUUCCUAACAUUCUCCUCCUUCCACCUCCCCAUAACCUCCUCCUCCUCCUCUUCCACCUCCUCUUCCACCUCCCCAUAACCUCCUCCUCCUCCUCUUCCACCUCCUCAUAACCUCCUCCUCCUCCUCCUCCUCUUCCACCUCCCCAUAACCUCCUCCUCCUCCUCUUCCUCCUCCUCUUCCACCCCAUAACCUCGUCCUCUUCCACCUCCUCUUCCACCUCCCCAUAACCUCUUCCUCCUUCCACCAUGUCCGCUGAAAUCCCCCGCCGUCACCCUCCUUCUCUCCAACCCUCCCCCUCUCCUCCUCCUCCCCACCUCCCCCACUCCUCCGCCUCCUCCACCUCCUCCUCCCCCACCCCCGGAGAGCCCUGGGACGAGUCACGUGACUACACAUCUGCCACGGCGCGCCUCUCCACACCUGUCAAACGAAGGCGCCUCUUGCCCUUAGUGGACCUCAGGGGGGGCGGCAUGGCGGGCUCAAGCGUGGAGCUGGGGGGGCGGGGGUCGGCGUGCCUCGGGGGGUCCCUGGGGGCAGGCCGCCGAUCCCGCACCCCCCUCACUGACCUGGAUGCAAAAUUCGUCACUAAGAGCGGCCUGUGUGUGUCGGGGGACGUGGGGGAGGGGCGUGGUGGGGGCGGGCCGCGCAUCACCCACCUCACGGGCUCCUCAGCGGGCGUGGGCGUGGGCGUGGUAGAGGACGAGCCCCGCUUCCCACGCCUCGACCAGUGCGCCCACUUCCACUAUGAGUACGUCGAGUUGCCGCCCCUGCAGGUGACUCUAGUAUCAGAGGACCUCAAGCCCCUCAGCUCUGUAGGGGGCGGCAGCGGAGGAAGCGUGGGAGCGGGGGCCGGCAGCAUCGGGGGCGGCAGCAUUGAGGACGCCGAGAACCGCACCAUCCCCGUCAAGGUGUGCUCGCUGGGCCGCUGCUGGGUCAUGCGCCGGACCUACGAGAACUUCCGCUUCCUCGACCGACAACUCCACCGCUGCUGCUAUGACCGGAAAGUGUCUCGCCUGCCUGAGCUGCCGCCGGAGGACAACCUGCACGCGGACGGCGGCGAUAGAGAGGCGGCGGUGGCGGGGCUGCUGGGGGAGUAUGUGGCCCGGCUGAGCGAGGUCGCCGGCUCCCUCAUCACCUGCGGCCCGGUGCUCAAUUGGCUGGAGCUGGACAACCGUGGUCAUCGCCUCAUUGUUACCGACGACUCCGAUAUCAACACGCCCGCCGUCGCCGCCGCCUACGUGGUGAAGCGCUAUAUUGCCCAGGCCCAGGACGAGAUAUCUUUUGAGGUGGGAGACAUGAUCAGCGUUAUCGACAUGCCGCCCCCCGAGGAAUCCAUCUGGUGGCGCGGGAAAAGGGGGUUCCAAGUCGGCUUCUUCCCCUGUGAAUGCGUGCAAGUUAUCGGCGACAAGGUCCCCCAGACGAUCCAGCCCCAGACCCUGACGCUGCCCCCCGCCCGCUCCACGCCCCCCGCCGCCGCCCCCCUCUCCCACCACACCCUGCACCCCGGCACCAACGCCCCCACCAAGCCCGUGCUGCGGAAACACGGCAAACUCAUCGCCUUCUUCAGGAGUUUCAUCUUGUCGCGGCCGUCUCGGAGGAAGCUGAAGCAGAGUGGCAUCCUUCGGGAGCGCGUCUUCGGCUGCGACCUGGGCGAACAUCUCCUCAACUCCGGCCACGAGAUCCCGAUGGUCCUGCGAUGCUGCUCUGAGUUCCUGGAGAGAAAGGGCAUCGUGGACGGCAUCUACCGCCUCUCCGGCAUCACCUCCAACAUACAGAAGCUGAGGAAUGCAUUUGACGAGGACAGGAUACCGGACCUGUACGGCGACGACAGCAUCCUGCAGGACAUCCACUGCGUCUCGUCGGUCCUCAAGAUGUACUUCCGGGAGCUGCCGAACCCACUGCUGACCUACCAGCUGUAUGAGAAGUUUGUCGCAGCGGUGAUGCAGGACGAAGACAUACGACUCCUCUACCUGCGUGACGUGGUUCAGCAGCUGCCGCCGCCACACUACAGGACGCUGGAGUUCCUGGUCCAGCACUUGUCGACGGUGGCCUCCCACAGCAACGAGACUGGCAUGACGGCCAAGAACAUCGCCAUCGUGUGGGCGCCCAACCUGCUGCGCUCCAAGGACCUCGACAUGGGGGGAGUCGCAGCCCUGCAGGACGUGGGGACGCAGGCGGUCGUGACGGAGUACCUCGUUCGCUACGUCGACCUUAUAUUCAACGACAAGAUCCCGACCUUCUCGCAUUCCACGAACGGAGUCGAGGGGACGCCCAAGAAGUGCCGGCCUAAGUCGCUGGCCAUCUCAACGCCCACCAAGCUCAUCUCCAUCGAGGAAGCACGCACAAGGGCCCUCACCACAGCCAUUAAGCCUGACCAGAAGUACAUUGAAGUCGGAGGAGGGCCGCAGAACCUCCCACCCAAGUACCACACGGUGAUCGAGCUGCCGAGUCGCAAGGGAGGAAGUCUCAAGCAGAAGAAGUCUCCGUCGGGCUGGAAGAGCAUAUUCACCAAGGGCCGUAGCAUCCACAAGCACCCUCGGAAAGCCUCCACCCCCAGCGACAUGCCUCUCAAUAUGUCUGACUCGGCGGUGACAGAGCCAGACGUCCCUCCCUCCUUCACGCGACGCCUCCGCACAGUCAAGUCAGUUGAGUCCCUGAUCUCUACCUCUGCCUCUUUACAUUCAAAUAGAAACUCCCAGGCCCUGGAGUCACCGGAGAGGAGAGAAGCGCUGGAGAAGGAGAAGCAGCUGCAGCGAUCACCCGAGGACGAGCGGGAGAGUCGUAGCAGCUCCUUCUCCAGCCCCCUGCCCUCCCCCCGCACCCAUAACCGCUCCGUCUCGCACGACUCCUACUUUAACAUGCUGGAAGGCCGCUCCAAUAACGUUCCCUCACAGGUCCCGGUCAAGGAGGAAGGGGAGAGCGACCUGGACUUCUCGCCGGAAAAUUCACGUAUCUACCUUGACAUCAGCGAACUGGACUUGAACUUCAGCACGAGUGAGAAGGACCUGAAGGGCUUUGAGGUGGACACGCUGAAGUCAACCUCAAACGAAGAGCCAGAUAACAUGUCCAACUCAACGCUGGACAUGGAGAACCUGAGCAUGUGUUCGGAGGGUACCAAGAGCAAGGAGAACAUCAGCCCUCGCCCAGAGAAGAAGAGCCUCAAGGACAAGUUCAGGCACAAGUUCACGUCCCCGCCGACCCACCGGAGGAAUGAGCUGGGCCUCAGCGACUCAGGGGAGGACUCACACAAUAACAGCCUGAAGCGAGCGUCUUUCACACUGCGGGACAAGAUCGUUCAGGCGUUGAGUCCGGAAACGUCACGCCGCCAAACGGACACAUCCCCUAGACCUGCAUCCCCCUCCAGCUCCCCUAAGUUCAAGCACAUCCGCACGGGGGAGACUCAGAGGUCGGAGAGUCACCCAGCAAAACCAGACCUGCCGCUGUUACUUGCCGGCGAACGAAGGAUUCCCGAGCAUGAGGGAAGCAUAGAAACUGUACUGGCGGAGAUACACGUCGAACCGGACAGUCAGGACGAUACCCCAUCACGACUAAGCAUGGACGGCACUUUGAUAGACCCCGAACUCCUUGAUAAAAUAACGCAUCUUAGAGCGUCGCCGUCAGUGAGUGCGUCGGAGGUGAGCACGAACUCCCUCGCCGAAGCCACUGUGUCAGACAAUGAAAGCUUUACCCUCGGCAGCAGCAAUAGCGGCAUGGGGAUUGGAGACGGGAAGGAGGUGUUCUCGGACACGGCCAGUAGUCACGCCGCCUCCAACACCACUACCCCUGUCGCAGCGCCCUCGUUUUCCGUCGCCAAUGAAAACCCCGCACCCCAGAGAGACACACCCAUCACCCCCAUCACCCCUGUCACCCCCAUGGAAGAGGACAUCACCCCCCUACAGGAGUUCCCCAAACCCCGACCCAACUCCUUACUGGGGCUUCCAACCGCUGAGCUUCUUUCCCUAGGCUCAGCGCUCACCUCCCCGGAGACACCACAAGGGGACUCGACUUUCCUCGAGAUCCAAUACCAUCCUUUAAGCGACACCACCGAGCCUUCCACCCCUAGCGAGUCCCAGUUCGUACAGGACCUGGUCACAGUGGGUCAGGCCGUGCAGUACCAACCAGCACCUGAUGAGCCUCGGCAGUCCAGUCCGCUAUCCAUCGACCUGAGCAGCAGCGACGACCCGACAGAGGAAGGUCCAACUUACGAGAAUGUGGAAGGGAAUAGUUUAGGCUUGACCACUGAUCCCGUAGCCCCUCCCCAUGCCCCCCCUGCCUCCCCCUGCACGGUGUCUUCCCUAGGGGACUCCCAGGUGGAUGAACAAGCUUUAAUGGAGCGGUCAGGUGGCCAGAACUAUGAUAUCCCUUACGAAAACCUCAGUUCCGUUUACGAGAAUGUGCAGUACGGGAUGGAGUACGAAAACUUGGAGUAUGGUGUGCCAGGGUGCGCGAAUGUUGAGUUUGAGGCUAACACAGACAGCCUAGAGGAGGGUCAGGAGGGCGGGAAGUGUGAUAGUGUGGACGAAAAGCAGAAGUUAGGUUUGGUGAGUGUGAACGUUGUCGCUGAAACAAAGCACCUUGAGAAAGAGAGCGAGGAACUUGUAACAGAGUGCGUGUACGAAAAUGUGGAAUCUCUCCCGAGCGAAUCUCUCCCGGUGUACGAGAACUUAGAGGAAAGCAGCGACGAGCAGAGCCAGAGUGUGCCUGAGGGGGACGACGCCUACGAAGAGUAUUUAUUCGGGAAUGAGCGGCAGUAUGAGAACGUCGAGUUUGGCUCCCACGCGACGGAGGAGGAAGAGGCCGCCGAGAAACCCUGUGAUAUAAAGUCUCCCGUCGAGGUGGAGGGCGAGAUGGUGUAUCAGCAGGUCAAGUUCUUCAGGAAAUCAGUGAAGGAGGUGAACGACAUGCUGAAGGCGAAGAGCGAGAGGCAGCAGAAGGCCAAUGAGCAGUGUAGUGUUAGUGGUGCGGGUGUUAGUCUGUACAAGGUAGAGAAGAGUGACCAUUUUUCAGAGCUUCCAGUCCAGGUGCCUCAGAUGGGUGACGCAAUAGUCCCCCAGCCCACAGAGUCCCUGCCGUGCCCCCAGGAGCCCCCGCAGCAGACCAGGGGCUCGGCGGUUGACCCUGAACUCCACACUCAGCCUAGCGAGGAUAGCGAGUGUUUGGACUCGCCGAUAACCUCUUCGUCGGUCAGCAUGGCAACGGAGGUGUUAGUGCUCCCCUCUUUUGCCUCCCCCACAGAGUCCACCACAGAUGAUGUCACCUCCCCUGUGAGUAGCGAUGAUGCGAGUUCCCCCCGACCCGUGCAUGAGGCUCUCGAUCACCUCCCACCCUCGUCUUCCCCCUCAAAAGUCACCCCUGUUUUACCGAGUCUCUCACCCCCCACCCCGGAGAAUGUGCCCCCUCCCACGCCCCCCGCUGCAACUUCCACCCCUAACAGAGCCCUGCCCCUCCCCAGCAUCAUCAGCCCCGCCCCGUGGCCACGCACAUCCCCUAGACAUACCCCCAUCACCGCCCCUGUGCCAAGGCCCCGUCAGCUUCCUAGACUUAACCUCACGUCCCCUCUCGUGUCGCCCGUUUCUACUCCCUCCUCUGUGUCUAUCUCCCCUGACUCCCCCGCCACCCCAGGGAACAGCUCGUCCCAAACCACUCCCACAGAAGAGACGGGACUGGACUUCCAAACCUCACCCCCUUCCAGCCAGUCAAAUUUUAUCGUAGAAUCCCCUGAGACUGACUCCCCCUCGCCUGUGGACCCUAAGCUUAUAAAAGGGGGCGAUAGACCUCUAGUUGACCCCACAGUUGCAGGGACGUCAGUUAACUCUUCCGCUAAACCCGCUGUUACGGACGUGAAGAAAAAUUUGACUGGCUCUAAACCAGCACCCCUGUCUCAGCUUCCCACUUUCAAAAGGUUUAAAAGUUCGCCCGAGUUCAAAGUCACCUCCAAGGACUCCGCCAACGACAGCAUUCCCACGGAGAAGCCAGGGAAGGAGAACGAGGAGGUGACAUCCAUCGAGGUGACCAACAUCCUCACCAAUCAAGACUUGUCGGACCUGCAGAAGCGCGAGAGAAUUGAGCAGUACAAAAAGGAGCGGCGGUCAUUCUUGCGGGAAAAGUACAAAUCCGAGAGCUUCCGGGGUGAGAAGGACGACCUGAUCCUACGACUCCGGCAGAAGGCGACGAGUCCUUCACGGCCUGACGAGGAAGGCGAGGACGAGGAUGAGCUCAUAAUGUACUCAGGGUCUGUCGGCGAAGGACAGCGACGAAGGGAGAGUUUAAGCCCCUCCAAACUGGUAUUCGACAUGCAUUCAGGUAAGGUAUCCCCCACCAAACAGACCGUCAGACCAGGCAGCAAGGAAAGGGCGUUGGAUUCCACUACGCCCAAGGAUAAGAGAGACGAUCGCGAUGAUGUAUCAGCCUUCAAACGAACGUCUCCUGCAAGAAGGAGUUUAAGCGACAUGGGCAAAGGCAGCGAACUUAAGAGCCCCACCAGGACACGGUUUUCCUCGGGGGGUCCGGUGCCGACGUACCGGAGAAACAGCAGUGGUGGCGGGAUGAACAGCAGCCCAAGACAGUCCCCAGAGAAGGAAAAGUCGAUUCCUCGCGCGAGUUCCGGGGAAACGAAAUCCUGUCCCCCAAGGAAGAACUCAUCGCCAGCCAGCCCGGUCGCGAUGCCUGAUUUUGCACCGCCCCAGAGGCCAGGCGCUGCACAGGGUAGGAGGAGCAAGGCAUCGAGUAGCGAUCUAGAGGAUGAUAUUAAUGUGAGGGCGCGUGUGGCCACCUGGGGCAAGACACGGGACAGGCCUCCCCUCAACAGCAACAGCCCAAGCAAGGAGGAGCCAGAGACUAAGAUUGAGAAGGCGACAACAAAAAAACAGGAGCAGAAAGGAAAGGAAACAAUGAUCAGGAAAAACUCAAGUCCCACUCUUCUGUCCCCCGUGAGAAAAUCUUCCCUCCCCAAGGCCACACCCUCCUCCCCAGGCAUCCCCCGAGCCCCUUCCUUAUCCCCAGGGUCAGGGAAAGCCUCCUCCCCUUGUGCCCCAAAGCCUCCUCCCCCCCAGUCACCCACAAAAACCAGCAUGAGGUCACCGAGCAAGCCGAGAGAGGAGACCAGCGACGCCGUUUCCGCCGCAGCGAGAGGGACCACAGGGCAGCCAAGCAGGAUAAGAGACAUGGCAGCGAUCUUUGAGAGAGAUUCACCCACUGGUUCCAAGCCAGCCAUGGUGAGGCAAAGUUCAAGAGAAGAGAAGAAGGAUAGGUACUGAAGGCCACCUGACCCAGCCGGUCACCAACACCAAAGAUGAACUCAUCCCUGUCAUCCUGGCCCAGCAGGGGCUGGUUUCCCCUGCUGCCCAGCCUAGCAGGGGUGGGUUUUCCCUGUAGCCUGGCCCAGCAGCGGUGGGUGUGCCCUGCCCUGAGGCCCGGCAGCAGCAGGGGCAGGCCAGGCGUGUGCCAGGGGGCUGUGUGUUCAGUUGACCCUUCCCCUGUGCCCCCCGGCCCGAGCCCCGCCACCCACCGGCCCCGCGACGGUGCCUGGCCCCGCCACGACGGCUCUCUAUAAGAAGAACUUGUUGUUACAUUCCAAAUAUUUUCUUCAUAUGUGCAUGUUAUGAACUACCUUAGGACUAUAACAACUCUUUCACUCACUCCAGACAAGAUUGUGCCAUUACUACACCCUUAGAGGCAAUUUUGAUCCAGAUUCUUAAGGCCCGCUCCCUGGCAGACACGCCACACGAUGGUGAUGCGAUGAUGUGUGUGCGUGUAUGUGUGUUUGUGUGUGUGUGUGUGUGUGUGUGUGUAUAUUAUAUUACAUACAUUUAAUAUUUUAUUGCUCAGAAUUCUGUAUCUCAUGUUCUCCACUACGAUGGUGUAAAUAUUCAACAUGUUCACGCUAGCAUCAAGUUGGAAAUCCAUAGUUGUGUUCCGUCAGUUUUGUUGUUGCCGAGUGUGUGUUACUUCUGACAUAAGUUUUUUAUAUUUUUAUAGGUGUCUUUCAAUUCCACGAUCAUUUCAACCCUGGAUAACCAUUUGUUUGUGAUGUAUUAACCUCAGUCAGCGUGUCUUCAGAGCACAAGAUGGGCAGUUAACAUUUAUUUAGGCGUUGUCUCCGCAGCACAAUCGAACAAAAAAAAAAAAAAAAUCACAUCCUAUUUUGAAUACUAAAAAAAAACACCCACUACAGUAAUUGGACCAACCAGCAUUAGGAAAACCAGGCAUACCUUUACUACUACGACUACUACAAUUACUACUACUACUACUACUACUACAACCAUUACUACUACUACUACUACUACUACUACUACUACUUGGUGCAAAACUGUUCUCAUAGAUUAAAACCCCAUUUGUAUAAACAGCCAUGACUUGUUUUGAAGAUGUCCCCUGUACAUACUUGUAAGAAAUAUAGGUAUGGAUAAACGA